AUGAAGCUUUCUUUCAUCGCACCAAUUUUCAUGGCCAUGGGAGCGUCUGCUUUCCAAUCAGCGCCGAUCACACGGUCCAACACAGCGCUUCAUUCGUCUUCUCCAAUGGGUGGACCCCCUCCGCCACAAACGAGCGGCCCAGCUGGCUCUGCUCCUCCAAUGCAAGGUGGGGCCAGUGGCGGACUUGCCGGAGUCAACCGUGGUCCUAGUCCACGAGAUGGUCCCGGUCCCGAUGCUACACCACCAAUCCUCUUGCAAGGUGGAUCCUUGAAGACUUGGUCGAUGCCCAGCACCGCUGUCCAAAGUUGCCAAAUUUUUAUGGAGACUGAGGGACGUCCUUUGGAUGCCAACCUAGAAUUGUGGCAAGGUCCCGAUAACACCCCAUACAAGAUGCGAAUCUACGUUGAGGAUGGUGCCCAACGUUGUUUCAAUGUUGUCGUUCCUGCACCACGCGGACCCAACACCAUUGCCAUCCGUAACACCGCACAAUUGGAAUUCCCAUUGUUGGCGUCCGUUAACCCAUCCAUAGAAAUGGUUGAUAUUGUUCCAACAGAAGGCUCACCUACUCCUAGAACCAUUCAGGGAGGAGCUCUCCGAACUUAUCCCUUCAACCCCGAUGUCCAAAGUGUCAAGGUUAUGCUAUCUACUGAUGGACGUCCAUUGAACUCCCGUAUCGAAUUGUUGCAAGGUCCCAACAAUAUCAAGCAAGUCAUGGAAUUGUACACUGAAGAUGGUUUGGAAAGACCUUUCUUGGCAAUGAUCGAGACCCCAGGAGCUGGAAACGUUGUCCGAAUUGUCAACACUGCUACUAUGGAAUUCCCACUGAUCUGCACGUGCGAGGCUCACAUCGUCGGCCCUGAAAAGGGAAUGGGCGGAGCAACAAUGGGAGAUGAGCUGCAAUUGGGAUCCAACUGGAUGUACUAA